AUCGUUCAGGUAGUACCACGUGCCCCCUGAGUACCGGUGGCUGGUAUAAAAGGUGGCAUUAAUCGCGCUCCCUCAACACAGUUUGCCCUCAACUCACAGAAAGAUGACACUGGCGCGGGUGAGCUCCUGCCUGGUGGCACUCGCCGUCCUCUUCAACGCAACCUCUGCUAGAAGGCUCCCUAAUGGCAUCACACCCUGCUCAAAAGACGAGCCUGACCUGAAUAGGUGUGCAAUUAUUAACGGAAGGGCGGCCAUCCCCAAUUUAUGGAGAGGUAUUCCUUCAUAUGGGGUGCCUGUUUUGGACCCAUUGCGCAUUGAUGUUCUGGACAUUGCUGAGCCGCCCGCGGACUCGCCGAAGCAAGUUUCGCUCGCCCUCAAAAUGACGGACGUCGACGUUGUUGGUCUCAGAAACACCGAGUUGCAAUAUGCCAAAAUUGAUCUUGCUAAAGAAAAGAUGUCUUGGAAAUUAACCAUUCCGCGACUUUCUCUUCUUGGAAAAUACGUGAUCAACGGAAAAGUGCUUCUUUUGCCUCUGAGGGGCCGUGGAGAUAUGAAUAUUACUCUGGACAAUUUAAAUGUACACUACGCUUUUGACAUGGGGCUGGCGCCUGGUAAGAAGGGGGAAAUUUACCUCAACCCUAAGAACGCGAAGUUGGACUUUGACACCUCAAGGGCGUAUAUCAACCUGGAAAACCUUUUCGAUGGGGACAAAGCUCUGAGCGCGCGAAUGAAUGAAUUCCUCGACGAGAACUGGCGGGAGUUGGUGAGCGAAUUGGGCCCACCAAUUGCCGAAGCGCUGAACCAGGUGCUCACCAGCAUGAUGACCAACAUCGCCCGAACAGUGCCCUACAAAGAAAUCUUCCCCGAGACUGCCCGAAAUUAGUUGUUUCGUCCUUAAAUGUCAUCAAAUAGAUCAUGGUGCUGUAAAUUAUUGUGAAUCGUGCCCCAUGCCAAAAAUGAUAAUUGUAAAAACUCGUCCACUGUGAAUAUUGUGAUCUUCAUAAGCUACUGACUAAAGUAAAGUCAAGUGGUGCAUUUUUACACCUCAAGCUCCGACUUAAGCUAAAAUCGAAACAAUGAUGUGUAUUAUAUCUCUCAAUAAAAGAUGCUUUGCUAAUAUAAAUAAUAAACUAAUAUAAAUAGUGGGCAUUUUUAUUAGCAAGUGCAUUUUUCAUUUUUGUGAAUGCAAAUUUUAUAAUCUGCCAAGAAUUUUUUGUGUCUUGGGUUAUAUUCAAAUAUUAAGUAAUCAAAACGCAAAG